AGUAAACAUGUGGCUCAAAAUAAAUAUAGAAAAUAAGAAGGAUCAUAAUGCAAAAGGGGUUGAAGAGAAGAGGAUUUAAGAGAAUUUCGAGGGAAGCGAGGUUUUUGUGGACAGGCGAUGCACAUCAGAAAACGAGGCUGAGCAUAUAUAGCCAGCCGAUAACUUCCCUCGUUCAUUUUCUCCAUUUCUUUUCCAUCCAAGUCCUCUUAAGUCUGAUCAGCCACAAAACUAAAUCCCAUUUCCUCCCUCUUUUUCUACUUAUCCUCUUAACAUUUAUUAAUCCUCAAAUCUCUCCCCCUCUCCCUUUCCAAAUCUUUUUCUUUCUUCCCAUUCAUCCACUCCCUAUAAUACCAUAGAAUCUCAUGACCUCCCUUUGAUCUCUCUUCCCUUCAUUCUUCCUUCUUCAGUUCUUUCCAUCCCAUAUAUUAUUAUUACUUAACCAUACGUUUUUCUGCUCUCUUUUAUCCUUUCUAAGAAUCAAUCAACAAUGAAAGAAGCCAAACUAACUCAAAGUUGUGAGCUUUGCCACCAAGAAGCCUCUCUCUACUGCGACUCCGACUCCGCCUUUCUUUGCUCAACAUGCGACGCUCGGGUUCAUGAAGCUAACUUUCUCGUCGCUCGCCAUGUUCGUCAGACUCUGUGCUGCAAAUGCCAGUGCUUAACUGGAAACUUCAUCUCUGGUGCGAGAUCCCGUUCGCCUUUGAACCACAUAUGCCAAUCUUGUUUUCAAGAAAACACAUUUCAUUCAAAAACGAUUACUACUACUUCGUCUUCUUCGUCGGAUUGUAUCUCUAGCACUGAAAGUUCUGCGAAGAAGAUCGAAUCCUAUCAUAAAGUAAAGCGACUUAACAAGAUCAGCUCUUCUUCGAGUACUGUAUCAGAUGUUUCGCGCGAAAUUUUCGAUUUGCCGGCGAGAUUUCUCGGGAAGGAGAGGGAGAGAGAUACGUCCAAGGCGAAGGGUAUUUUUCUAAUAUGGUGUAAGUGGCUGGGGCAAAAUAGUAAUUGCGAUGUUGUUUCUUCCGCUUGUCGGGCGUUUGAGUUGUGCUUGGAGACGUUAACGGUGUUGCCGAAAAGGGUGAGCUUAGCAGCGUCGUUUUGGGUAGCGUUGAGAAUGUCUGGUGGGAGUAGAUCGAUGGGCACGUGGCAGAAUCUCAGAAGGCUUGAGGAGGUCUCUAAAGUGCCGGCUAAUUUGAUUGUGGCCGUCGAAAGGAAGCUCGCACGUGUGAUGAGAGUAAGGAGGAGAGCAGGGCAUGAUUUAGAAGAAGGUUGGGCUGAAUGCAAUGCUUGAGUGGUACGUGGGAAAAUUAAGGGCAAUUUUCAAAAUCCGGUAAAAAAUAUGAUUUUGAAGGAUGUGAUUUUAACAAAAUUGAACAUAAAACUUAGUGAUGUACUAAAUUAAUUGAACAUUAAUGAUAGUGGGAGUUAUUUUGUUGGAUAUAGAUUAA